CGCAGUUCGAAUCCCGAGGAGAACCGAGCCCGCCGAGUGUCCAAGUCGUCGUAAUCCUGGACCAAGUAAACGGACGCCUCGGAGGAUCGUGCCGGGAUCUUCUGGCAUGCGAUCAGAAGCAUGCAGCAGAAGCCACUAAGAGAGCUGGGUUUGUGCCUCAAUACCGGAGGUUCGACAAACAACGUUGUCUCUGCCGAAAUCUGCAACGAGACCCGCGGUGGACUUCCCCUUCUUCAGAUAUGGCCCAGCGACUCCCCCAGAGCCGACGUCGACGGACAGGCCCAAGCUUUUGUGUUCCCAGACGUGCAGGAAAACGUCAACGACAGCGGCAUCGAAUCUAUUCAGGCGUCGCCGUCACCAUGCGGUGUCACGUGCAACAGCCCGGCGAUGACGCCGCAGCAGUCGCGGCGCGCCAGCCUGCUGCAUCCGGAUCACGCGCGGCUGCAGCUGCCCUAUCUUCACCACAACCACCAUAACGCGGGAGGGCUGAAGAGUCCGCCGUCGCCGGACAGAACGUCCGUGGACGAGGACCACGAGGACAGGCCAGUACCGCCCAGUCCUUCCAGCUCGACCACCAGCAGCCUGCGAUCGAUGCCGAGCUCGGCGAUCGUGUCGAUGCACUCGCAGGACAGGAGACGCAGCAGCAGCAGAUACAGCAUGUUCGACGCUCUGGACCUAGAGUAUGCCCUGUUGAGGGCGGCGGCCCGCGGAUCCGUAGGUCCGUACUCCUUGUCAGAGUCCCUCCACAAGCUGACCUUCACCCAGAGCCUGGCUUUUCCCGCUCUUGCCCGCGGUCUAGCCGCCAAGCAGAGCAUGCCGAGCGGAAGAUCGCAGCAGCCCACCGAGAGCGGACUGAACGCCUUCGCCAAGGUGGUGACCGCGAUGGUGCUGAUGCUGGUGAGCGUGCUGGUGUUCGGCGUCGUCUACAAGUUCGCCAAGACGUGAGGCUGGCUGUUGGCGCCCGGCCGUUAUCCUGGCUCGACGCUGGAUAGUAAUCGUCUGAGCGCCAGUGACACUUAACACGUUUGAUGAAGCCUGGAGGAGAGAAAUGAUUAUAUAUGAGAAGCUUCGAAUGAAGCUCUGUGACACAUGACGGUCCGCGUUUCAGGAGAAACAUUCGCCAAAUCUCCGAUGACGAGAGAUCGAUGGGUGUCAAAUGGAGGAUGGAUGUAACGAGAUGAUGAUACGACUGUGUAGCAGUCGAUAUAUAGACGCGCCUAGGCCGGGGUGUAGAAAGAUUUUAUACAACGUCUUACCUUUUCUUUGUAACCGAUGUGUGUACUAAAUAUAUCUAAUAAAAUCUAAAGUUUCAGCGAUGAAGACGACGCUGCCAUGCGAAGGAAUGCGAGAUUAAAAAAAAUAGCGUUAUCGAUAUGGUGGUCGUAACGAGUCUGUGGGAUCGACAAAAAGUAUGAAAAGAAUUAAAUGAUAUAUGUGGUAUAUACGUGUCGUAAUUAUAUACGUUUCGUGAUGAAUGUGUAUAAGUAAUAUCGGCGUCAAAAAACGAACAAGAUUUCGAUGAGAAUUGUAUGUCCGUUUGCUACCAAUCUAGUCUACUUCUUGAAAAGAAUAAUUGUACGGAAAAAUUCAGAGAGGUGUGCUCGAUGAAAUCCCGACGAGAGCGUGAUAUAUCUCGCGAUAUCUAAAGUAUCUCGAUAUAUAACGAACACACAACACUUGUGCUUUGGUCUUUCUCGCUGACGAGAACGGCGUUUCCGCGCCACAUUGCUUUUCCAUCGAUACUUCAAGUUACGGUAACUCGUUAAAGUAUCAUUCAACGAGUCGUGUCAAUAUCCUUCAACGAGUUUUGCUGCAUCGUAUUGAUAACUGGGGCUGGGUCUCGAUCAAUAAAUCCCGGAUCGCGGCUCUGCGACGAUUGUGAGGACGACGAUCGAAUCAUUCGUCGAACUGUCAGCAAAUCUGGCGAACGCUUCAAAUUGAACAAUCGUAGUAUUUUUGAAAUUACUAGAAUAUAAUUUUAAAUUUUAAUGAGAAUUUCUACUACAAACGAUAAAAUAUUUUCCAUUAAAUUUUGAUGGAUAAAAAUUAAUCUCCUUUUUUGCUCAAUAAAAAAUAUAUUUUUUUUAAUUAAAAAAUUUUUUUAAAAUAUA